AGUUUAGUCAGUUCAGUCGGAAUGUCGGCCAGAAGGAUAAAAUAAUCGACUGGGCUUUUGCCUCAUGUUUAGUUUGCUGAGCAUUGAAGCUAGAUCUUUGAAGGAAACUUCUGUGAGGACGAAGCGAGAUACAAACGACUGGUGGUCACUCCUUGAGGAUAUAAUCUAUGACAAUGAUAGUGGAAGUGACGACGACGCUGAUGAUGAAAAUAUCUUGAUUUGUCGUAACUGUACAGUUGUAGUUCAAGCUGCUCCGAAUGGUACAGCGGAUGGAAGUACAGUAGCCCCAGCAGCAGGAGGAGCAGCUUCAGGAUCUACUGUAGCAACUACAGUAACUCCAGUAGCUCCACCUCCAGCAUCUCCUGAAACUCCGGCACCUGCUACAACAGCUGCACCACCGACAGUGACAUCACCCACUACAACAGCAGUUGCUGGUGGUCCUGGUGGUUAGGAAACCAUCCUGAUAUCUAAAAGGAUAACCCUAUAACUCUACUCUAAAAGGAUAACCCUAUAACUCAUCUCUAACAUUAGCUUUUAAGUGGGAUUUGGUAUACGAUAAUUUUGCCAUAGGGUUAACAACCCACCUCUAAUAAAACUGGCGUUCAUUCAGUUUUUAACAUACAA